AUGACCUGGUCGGACUGGACAUCUUCAGGGAGCAGUGGCGAGACCCCCGUCAACGGCGCAGCCACCAGCUCGUCGACAACCACCACCGAGACGAAGAGUAGCGAGGCUCCUGUCAAUGUCGCAAACACCAAUUCAUCUUCGACGCCUGUCGAGGCGGAUAGCUCCACAAAUACGACUACGGCCAGCUCCUUGGUUGAAGCUGUCACAGCUCCAGCUUCGAGUAUGAAUGGAAGCGCCGAGACCUGGUCGGACUGGGCAUCAUCAAGCAGCAGUAGCGCGUCGGUCGUUCAAGACGCCAAGACAACCACAUCUACCGUGCCUGUUACUGUCAAUGUCUUGUCAUCAACGACAAGCACGAGCGAUUUCAUCGCGGCCGAGACGACCUCUUCAUCUAGCGCGCAAAGCUCUGAGACCUGGGGCGAUUGGGCUGUUACCAGCUCAGGCGGCGGCAGCUCGCCGGUUGAUACUACAACAGAGCCGACUCCUACCUCGACCGGAAAGCCACCGGUUGAUGCUGCAACGGAACCAACCAUAACCUCCAACGGAAAGCCACCAGUCGCAGCAGUUGUCGACUCGACGGCCAGCACCCCGGAAACCCGGUCGGACUCGACUGAGGCAACAAGCACCGUUUCGACCGGAGAGGAAGUCGCCGUCAGCACCACCGUCGAAGCUACUGUAGCGACAUUAACGCUCGGGGCCGGACCAUCCGCCUCCGUCGUAACGACCACUCUACACCUCACGAAAACUUUCAUGCUGACAAGAACUAUUUACGCCACCAUUACUCGCCCGUCCCCAACGACUCAGCCUCAAGGACCGAACGAUGUCGUCAACGUCGCUGCUGCGAACAAUGAAGCUACCACCACCAUCACUCUGCACUCCACCACGACAGAGACAAUCACGCUUAUUCCCAUGAACACGGGUGCUGGUUCUUUGCCCGCAGGAUCGGGCAGCGAAGGCGCCGCGUGUUCUGUUUCGUAUGUCACGGUCACGGAGGUGGUACAGAGCACGAUCACCGUUACAGCGGCCCCGAGCGAGCUCAAGCCGCUUAAGCCAACCGCAGCAAUUGCAGCAGUUGAUGUGUCCACCGCAUCUCCAAGCCCAUCCAGCGCUCCGGCCGAGUCCACGUGGGCGGAUUGGACGAGCAGCGAGUCCGCCGCCACCCCGGUCGAAAACGCACAGAUCACUAGCAAGACAACGGAUACCGUCGACGCCACCACAUCGAGUAGCAUGACCAGCUCGAGCAGUACAUCUGCGCUGACUCCGGUCGAAGAUUUAGAAACGUCUACCACCAGCAGCACUAGUAGCGUCACGACUGCGACUGAGCACGCGUGGGCGGAUUGGAACAGCACGACGGCUACGAAUAUCCCAGUCAACGCAGUUAUCACCACCCUUGCGACAACCACGCAGAGGCCAAGCUCGGGAUUCAUCACCAUGUCAAGGUAUACCACCCCUGCGGGAUGGAAGCCAUGA